GAAGCAGUCCUUAUAUUAAUUGAUGUGUCUGACUUUGCGAGCUUCGAGGAGGUGGACUGUUUCCCUUCUGAAGCUUGAACUCUACUAUUUGAGCACCUUUAACUGGACCUCUGAGUGGUUUUGUUUGCUGGUUUGUGGUGCCCCUUUGCCAUCAUGAAUCCACCCUGUGGAAGAUGCAAUAAACCGGUUUACCCCACAGAGAAAAUUAAUUGCCUUGAUAAGUAUUGGCACAAAGGUUGCUUCAGCUGCGAGGUCUGCAAGAUGGCGCUGAGCAUGACGACCUACAAAGGCUUUGAGAAGAAACCUUACUGCAGUAUGCAUUACCCCAAAACCUCCUUCACCAUAGUGACCGACACCCCAGAGAACCUGCGUCUCAAGCAACAGAGCAUGCUCAACAGCCAGGCGCUCUAUAAGGAGGACUUUGAAAAGAACAAGGGGAAAGGUUUCAGCGUGGUGGCCGACACUCCGGAGAUGCAGAGAGUGAAGAAGACGCAAGACCAGAUCAGUCACGCGCUCUACAAGGAGGACUUUGAAAAGAACAAGGGGAAAGGUUUCAGCGUGGUGAGCGACACUCCGGAGAUGCAGAGACUGAAGAAGACGCAAGACCAGAUCAGCAACAUAAAGUACCAUGAAGAGUUUGAGAAGAGCAGGAUUCGAAGUGACGCACCGCCUCCUGAAAAUAGACAAGACUUUGAAGGCCAGCAGCCCAACCAGGAGAGAUGCAGUCAGCCAGUCGGACAAGUGCGCCCUGCUGCUGUAGCACCACCUGCUGGAGGGAAGCGUUUCCAGGCCAUCUACAGCUACACAGCGGCAGACGCGGAUGAAGUGUCCCUCCAGGAAGGCGAUCUGAUCUCAGACGUGGAGCAGAUAGAUGAGGGGUGGAUGUUUGGACUCAACCAGCGCUCGGGACAGCGAGGCCUGCUGCCCGCCAACUACGUCAGACCGGUGUGAAACGACAUCCUCCUCCCAUCACCGGCUGCCCUGUGAAUCUGCUGUCAGAGACACCCAUCAGGCUUCUUUUUACAUAAUGGAGAAAGCUCUUUUUUUUUUUUAAACAUUUCGUAUGACUGGCUCGGCUCAGCAUUUUUUAAAUUUAGGUAAAGGAGACCAGAUAGCAUUUAGGUGCAGUUUCACUUUCAGGAUUUCUGUGAUACAAAGAAGUGAAAAAGUGCUGCAACUGAAACUCACAAGAGGUAGUAAGAGAGAAAAAUUAAACGGUAAUAUAUUCACAAAACGGAAAGGAAGCAUGAUAAAUCAAGCUAUCGUUUCCUGCUUUGCUUCACGCAUGAAUAGUUUUUAUCUUUCUCGGGUAACAUUUACCCAUUUAUGUACAUUUCUUACAGCCGCUCUGACAGAAACACAUGCUUUCAAGUCUGGAAAUUAUUACAUUUUAUGCAGUUGAACCAAGGAAUUCAUGCUCUGACAUUUUCUAAAACACAUUCAACUCUAAUUAUGUAAGCCCAUUUAAAUAAAAUUGGAACAUCAAA